GCAUGGUGUGCAGACCAAUCCGGCAAUAAUUAGGUCAUAGAGGAGCCAGAGGAAACCAUAGCCACUUUGUUUCUCACUCUGGCUCUGCUCAUGACAUGUUGUUUGCGUAGAGAUCCUGCGGUGCAACCAGCUGAGAGGAAUACUGAUCAGUUUGCUGUUGUUGUGAGCAACUCUUGGGGGAGGGGGCUUUGUGAUGGAGGGAGAAUUCCUUAAAGGAAACAGCCUUGACAUGCCCGGUCAGGAUAACAACCUGGCAAAGAAGACUCAGCUGCUGGAUCGAGGCCAGUGGGCGAGCAAGUUGGAAUUUCUUCUGGCUGUGGCAGGAACACUGGUGGGGCUGGGAAACCUCUGGAGGUUCCCCUAUCUGUGCUACAAAAAUGGGGGAGGGGCUUUUCUGGUUCCUUAUGUCUUGUUUCUGCUCGCUUGUGGUAUCCCGAUGUUCCUCCUGGAGACAGCCAUGGGACAAUUCACAUCUCAAGGAUGUAUCACCUGCUGGAGGCACUUCUGCCCGUUGUUUGAAGGGAUUGGUUACGCCACCCAGGUUGUGAUUGCAUAUGCUGCCGUGUCAUACAUCGUCAUCCAGGCAUGGGCCUUCUUCUACCUCUUCUCAUCCUUCAGCGCUGAGGUCCCAUGGGCCAGCUGCAGGAACACCUGGAACACAGAGUCUUGUGUUGAAUUUGAUAAAACAAAUGCGUCAUUAAAUUGGACAGCAAAUGCAACAACGCCUGCAACAGAAUUCUGGGAGAGAAGAGUGCUGGGUAUAUCUCAGGGGAUUGAGGAGAUUGGUAGCCUGAGGUGGGAGUUGGCCUUGUGUCUCUUACUGGCGUGGAUCCUGUGCUACUUCUGUGUUUGGAAAGGAGUGAGAUCCACUGGAAAGGUAGUUUACUUUACAGCCACUUUCCCCUAUGUAAUGAUGGUGGUUUUGUUGGCUCGUGGACUCUCAUUACCGGGAGCUAUGGAUGGCGUAGCGUACUACCUGUAUCCUGACCCGACAAGGUUGGUGGACCCUCAAGUCUGGAUGGAUGCAGGAGCACAAGUUCUUUUCUCUUUUGGGAUUUGUCAGGGGAGUUUGACAGCUCUGGGCAGUUACAAUCAGUAUAACAAUGAUUGUUACAAGGACACAUUUGUUCUGUGUUUGGUGAAUGGUGGAUCAAGCUUUGUGGCAGGGUUUGCUAUCUUUUCUGUUUUGGGCUUUAUGUCCUACGAACAAGGACUGCCAAUAUCUGAAGUAGCUGCUUCUGGGCCCGGCUUGGCAUUUAUUGCCUAUCCACGUGCAGUAGCCAUGAUGCCUUUUCCUCAGUUAUGGGCUAUAUGUUUCUUCAUCAUGGUCAUCUUAUUGGGUGCAGACACACAGUUUGUGAGUCUGGAGUGCCUGAUGACCUCCGUGACAGACAUGUUUCCCACCGUCUUCCGAAGAGCUUAUCGUCGAGAGUUGCUGCUGCUCUGUCUCUGCUCUGUUUGCUUCUUUCUCGGCCUUCUUCUCGUCACUGAGGGAGGAUUAUAUUUCCUUCAACUCUUUGACCAUUACGUUUGCAGCGGCAACAAUCUCCUCCUUCUGUCAGUGUUUCAGUCGAUAGCAAUCGGAUGGAUAUAUGGUGCAGAUCGUCUCUAUGACAACAUUGAAGACAUGAUAGGGUACCGUCCAUGGCCUAUAAUGAAGUAUUGCUGGCUUUACAUCACCCCUGUUGUUUGUAUGGGUACCUUCAUCUUCUCAGUGGUAAAAUACAAGCCUCUCAAGUUCAACAAAAGCUACAUCUACCCAACAUGGGCUUAUGCUUUGGGCUGGUGUCUCGGACUGUUCUGUGUUCUCCUGGUUCCUCUGUGGAUCAUCUUCAAAGUUACUCAGAUGAAAGGGACAGUAACACAGAAUCUGAGGCAGCUUUGCCGCCCUGAAAUCAAGACACACAGCGCAGCAAAGCAACCUGAGCAGCUCCCUUUGAACCCGGACAGCACUCUUACUCCUACUGCCAACGAAUACAAGGCAAGUGGUGGAGCUGAGAUGGAGAUGCAAGUGUAAGAAACUGAACAUUUUUUAAACGUUUGAUUUUAAGCUCCAAGUUCUACAAGCUAAGCUUUUAAAGAAAUUAUGACGAGUAAUACAUUUUGAAGACUUCUAGCUCUGCUGGGUUAUCACGCCAGGUCUGCAACUGCACAAUAAGCAGUGGGUGUUAUGUCACUGUGCAAUAUCUCUGCUGUAGACCUACAUUGGAAUAUACAGUAUGAACAUGUUUUUUAAAGCUAUUUUCAGUUAUAGAACACCUUUAAUGUGCCUGUCACCAUUUCCAUGUUUUAGUUCGCCAGAGUUUAAAAGUUGCAAAUGUUGAUUAUCACCGCCCAUUAACAUGCACUGUCACAAUCCCACCCCCAAUAAAUGACACAAAACAUAUUUAGUGACAGCUCAUAUUCACACAAUUUAGAGCGCCUUUAUAAGGAAUUAUUUUAAGUGGCAAAUAAAGCCUUUUUAUUCUUUGACAUAUACAUAUAUACACACACAUAUAUUUGAAAUGGUUUGCCCUUUAUAUUAUAUUAUCUGGCUCUUAAAGCUAUCUGUAUUUUUGAAUGUUUUUCUGUUUUAAUUUCAUUUUUAUUACAUUUUAUUUUUAUUCAUCUUUUAUUUGAAUUAAGUGGGGACCAUGAUUCUGCUACCAAGAAACAAACAGCUUUUUACUGUUCAGUCUUCAUUUUGCUUUGCCGUGUAAAGACGCCAAGCUAUCACCUCUCACUAAAUGAUGUGGUUUAUUUACGGGUCUUCAUGCUCACAUUUUAUCAUAUACGAGGAACGUCUGGUGCUGAUUGUACAGAUAUACUCGGGUGAAUGCUGGUAAAGUGGAACAGUUAAGCUCUAGCAUGUCUAUUAUCAUUAGCAAGCAUGUGAUUAAAAAAAAGGCUCUGGGGUUAUGAGAUGAUUUCUGGGGUCAUAAUUCACCCUCAUCAACAACCUUGCACUGAAUCGCGGGGAAAAGUAAAAUGACAUGGUGAAUCUGUUGUAGCUACGCCUCUUCUUUAAAAAAAAAGUAAAAUGUGGUUUUGCAUUAAUGUGUGUUUGAGGAAGAGUCAACUAUCUUUUUUUUAAAACUUUGUAUAGUGUAUUAGAGCUCUUAAGCUGUUUAAAAAAGUAGCCUUUUCUAUGAAGGGCUAAGACCAAGAUCAUAAUCAAAAAUGACGCAGAAGCUAAAUUAGCCUAUUGGAAACCGUUUCAGUUUACCAGCAUUCACCCCACUUAAACGAAUACAACUGAUUUAAGAGUGAUAAUACUGUUUUACCUAAAUUCUGAUAAGGCACUGAGGUUGCUGAUGAAUGAUUGCUCUGCUCUGCUGAUGGUUACUGCCAAGUUUAAAUGCAUUGAGGGGCAAACUGAGACAAUGUCGAGUAUUUCCAGGGUAAAACUGCUGACAGGACACCAUGAAGUUAACCUGGAAGGAAUAGAAACUUUUUUAGGAUAUGCACCGCGGAUGUAUGAAGACAACUGGAUACAACAUUGGAGGCGAAGCCCUUUCAUUCAUGUGAACAUUGCUCAGCGCUUUGCUAACUUGAAUGAGGACAAAAUGAUUGAAUCCUGCGGAUCUUUCAGACUUUCCAGUCAUCCAAAUUCUCACAGUUAAAGAGAUUAUUUCAUGACAGUUGUGGCGCUGAAGUAAAUGUGUCCAUGUAAUAACAGACAUCUAUUUUAGGACAGACGAUUAGGACCAUGUCAAAGAAAAAAAAAAAUAGAUUUUGGGAAUAAAAUCAUAAUAUUACAAGAAUGAAGUUGUAAUUUCAAGAAUAAUAAAAUAUUAUGAAGUUGUAUUAUUAUAAGAAAAAAAGUCAAAAUAUUUUGAUAGAAAGAAGUAGUAAUAUCUCGAGAAUAAACUUGUAUUAUCACUGGAAUAAAGUUGUAAAAGUCAAGAAAAAAAGCUAUUAAAAAGUUGCCACACACAGUCGACAAUGGACAUUCAUUUUGAAAUGAGACAAACAAAAUUGAGAGACAAGUUGUUUCCUGAUUGUGCAUGGCAUGACACAUCACCGGGGACAGUGGUUGCCAAGGAGGUUGUCUGUGCUCGACUGUUUUUUAGUGUGCUGGCAAUAUGUUUAUUUCAGUAAUAUUAUGUCGCCUUUCUCCUAAAAA